UUGUCGUCGUCUACGCAACCUCCCACUUCUGUUUCACAGUCUCCACACAAACUAUUCAAGCGGUUUCCCCUGUUUGGGUUUUUUACGGCGGCUCUAAACCCGUUUUCACAGUGUAUCUUGAACAUUGGUAAUGGCCACUGAAUUAAACGCUCUGGAUUGUAUCAUUUAAUGGUAACGCAUUAUUUGUUCUGUACUUCUCUACUUGAUUGAGUUUUGAUUAAGACACUGCUAUUGUGGUUGAUUUUAGAUGCCUUUUUCAUUGGCUGAUUCUUUAGAUAUUUCUCAUGCAUAAGGGUUUGUUUGAUGAGAAACGACACUGCUGUUUUGUUAUUCUCACCUUCCUUUCGUUUCUUGAAUUUUGAGAUUAUUUUGAAACCUACCAAGAAGUGGGUUUUCUUUGUUGUAUCGACUUGUGUUUGCCCCUUAACAAUAGCUCUAGCUGAGCCUACUUUUGCGGAAACAGUACCAGAUCCAGAUUCUACAACGGAGAAACAGAAUGAGUCUCCUCCAACAAACGACACAAAACAUACCGUGACAGUGUCGAGUACCCCGUCUGUUACUGUCACUGCAUUUGCUAAUGGAUGUGAUGUAGUCUCUUCUCAGCCAAAUGGCAAUGGCCAAGCACAUGCUGCUGAUAUUUUAAAGGGAAGUCACCGCGACCAAAACAACUCAUAUGUCUAUUCUGAUUCGACUUUGCGUGGAGAUCGAGCAAAAAGAAGUGAUUGCUGGUCCCAAACUUCUUUUUCGAGUCCUAGGCCUACUGGACAUUUCAACGGUGCUGGUAGGCUUCAUGCCAAUACACAAUCACAUGCAUUCAGACCUCAAUUUAAGGGAAAGGAAGCCGCAGGACACUUUUUGAAACUCUCCAAUCAAAAGACAAGCUCUGUCCCAUAUUGUGGUUACAUUAAUGGAAACUCAAACAAUGGUUUCUGGGAUCAAAGAGGUCAGUAUAGGAAACUGGAGAUUAAGGAAGAAUCUGACUCCUUGGUUGAAUUGAAAUGUGGUCCGAGAGCCAAUGCAAAGACUCGUCCUCCUUCUGAGUCAUCAUCAUCACUCAAGCAAAACAAUUCGUUUGCCUUGGCUAUUCGUAGAGAGAUGUAUAACCUCCCAGAUUUUCAAAGUGAUUAUGAAGAUGCCAAAUUUUUCGUAAUCAAGUCCUACAGUGAAGAUGAUGUUCACAAGAGUAUCAAAUAUUCCGUGUGGUCAAGCACCAUCAAUGGAAACAAGAAACUCGAUGCAGCUUUCCGUGAUGCUGAAACAAAAACACUCGAGGAUGGCAAAAAACGUCCAAUUUUUCUCUUCUUCUCGGUGAAUGCAAGCAGACAAUUUGUGGGAUUAGCUGAGAUGGUUGGAUAUGUAGACUUCAAAAAGGAUUUAGAUUUCUGGCAGGUUGAUAAGUGGAGUGGCUUUUUCCCGGUUGAAUGGCAUGUUGUUAAAGACAUCCCUAACUGGGAGCUACGCCAUAUCAUCCUCGACAACAAUGAGGACAAGCCAGUUACUCAUACGAGGGAUACUCACGAGAUCAAAAUCAAAGAAGGUCUCCAAAUGCUCUCGAUAUUCAAGAACUACUCUGCGAGAACAUUUUUGUUAGACGACAUGGACUUCUAUGAAGAACGAGAGAAGUCUCUUCGAGUGAAGAAGGAGCAUAAACCUGUCACUCUUCGCAUGGAUCUCUUCAAAGAGAAAGACUAUGAUUAUGAGAUGGAAGGUAACAGGAGAAUGAAUCAUCAAGGAAGAGGAAAUAACUGGAACAGAAGUAGCAGUAGCAAAACACAAGCGUCUCUUGUCAAUCUAACCAAGAAUCUCUCCAUAGGAGGCUACUCUUCUUCCAAGAGGAACACUGGCAAUUAUUCAACAUGACCACACACAUUCUUCUAUUCCUCGUCUACGUUAUUGAUUUAUUUAUGAAUUGCUUUAGUUAGUUCAUGAAUCAUUAGGUUCUUUAUUGUUCCUUUCUUAGGGCUUCUAAUUUGGUUUUUCUUUGAUUUCAUCUUCCGCUGUCUUUUAAGCCUACAGAUAACAGAUUCAUUUUCACGAUUUCAGUGAUAAAAUUAGUCAGUUUUCAGAUA